AGUUGAUUUUACCUGCGUGUUGGCCUCUAUGCGCAUGUGCGCGUAAGCAUCAAUCUGGCGAUGUCUUCCGAACAGAAGAGAAACAUAGUUGUGUUUUUAUGUAUAAUAACUGUAGCUUUUUCUAACUUGAUGUUCUGUGGUGCGUUGAGUGUAGAAAAGUUUAAUGUUCUCGAUGGUUUUAAUGCGGAUCAUGAAAAGGCGUCAAAUGCUGACAGAGAGCCGAGGAUCAGCACAAAACAAGACGCCAAGCACAAAUCUGAGUACCUGGGCGGACUGGCCAUUCUUCGGCGCAAUCUUCGACCUACUGUUAAUAAUUUCAGCAUUCAUGAACAGAGUGCAGAGUCCAUUGACGUUCCUGAGAACUCCAUAAAUAAUUCGAGUCAACCCAACAUUAAUCUAAAGUCAACUGAUUUGCGGGGGCCUUUGAAUGUCCAGAAAAGAUCUCUGGAUUACAAUGCUGGACAUCAGGCAGUCUUCAAAGGUUUUGAAGGCCACGGUUUUCAAGGGAAGGUCUAUGGUCCAUCAGCUGAGCACAACCCCCACUCCAGUGAAUGGCUGUCGAUGAGGCCUCUGGUCCAGUGUAAUGACAACCUCAUGAUGCUCACUGCAUCUGGACGAGGAUACACACAUCUACUGGUGGAUAGAGCGGGCGCCUCUCCCAUCUCCCUGUUCCAGCUGCCGCCGUCCUGUGGUUACCAUGUGAAGACUACCUGGAGAGAGAUGGUGAUGAUGGCACCAUACGAUGGAUGCUACAUCAUGCAGGAGCAUGGUAGUUAUGUCCUGCCCAUGCUGUGGUGGGGCAGCCCUGUGAAGAUCAUCUGCCCUGUCCCCCCAAUCUCUGUCCCCUCAGUACUCUGCUCCCACUUUGGCAUGGCCAUCCAGAUGCAUGGAGGGGAGGAGGUCAUACACACACUACAGGUCAUAGAGAACGGCGAGUGGGUGCCGUUUGUGUCUGAAGAGUGUGCCUACCAAGUGGAGUCCCACUCAGGAGACCUCAUCUUUUAUGUUCCCUUUACAGCCCCAUGUGUGACCGUCGGAAAUGGAGUUCAUCGACUGGUCCUAUUGGACGGCCAGGACUUCAUCCUCUCCUGCCCCUCACACCACCCUCCUCCAUUUCCCUUCUUUCCCUCUCCUCCAUUUUCUCAACCCUUCUCUCCUGGUGACCCGCAGCAGCAGAUACCUGUCCCUGUGACUUUUGCUCCCUCCACCAGCCCUCCCCUUACCUCUCCUCCCAUCACCCCUUAUACUCAACCCCCAGCCCAGGAACAGAUGCCCCAACUUCCUGCGUUCCCCCACUACCGCCCUCAUGGCAUGUAUCACCAAAUUCCCCAUUUCCCUUACGGUGGAGCUGGUUAUCACCCUCCCCUCCACCCUGGUCACAAUCCAUACCCUGGCUCCCAUCAGCUUCUCCCAGGGAGAUACCCAGGCCAGCAGCCCUUCUUCCCCAUGGGGCCUGGGAAUCACCCCUACGGCUCUGGAGACCACCGUGACUCCUUUUACCUCUCCCCGCCCCCUACCCACGAUCCCAUGCUCGGCUAUUAUAAUGGAAUCACCCCUGGUGUCCACCGUCCUGUUGUCUAUCCUACUCCUCUUACAGCUAUCCGACCACCGCCUCCCGCCGCUUAUACCAAACCUUCUCCUCCCGCCGCUUAUACCAAACCUUCUCCUCCCGCCGCUUAUACCAAACCUUCUCCUCCCGCCGCUUAUACCAAACCUUCUCCUCCCGCCGCUUAUACCAAACCUUCUCCUCCCGCCGCUUAUACCAAACCUUCUCCUCCUCCUCCCGCCGCUUAUACCAAACCUUCUCCAUAUUAUACCGAACAACCUCCACCUCUCGAUACUGAACCUGUUCUUCCUAUAACACCUACUGCCAUUGAACGUCGUUCUUACCCCAUUGUUACCGGAUCUCCUCCUCCCCCUUCUGGAUCCAAACCUUCAUCACCUGUGUUCCAACCUCCAAAACCACCUGCAGAUCCAAAUGACCCAUAUGGGGUCCACAUGACCAUCAAUCAGGCCCUGAUUACUGAAGAGCCCAUGUCUGCUACUGGGAGCCCCAAUCCUGAUCCCUAUACCCAACCUCCUAAAUGGCCUGUGGGUCCAUACUUUUACCCCUAUGGUCCUUACUACCCCCCAUCUGGUCCUCACCAUUACCCCUUCAUACCCAUCUACUACCCCUCACCUACCCCAGUGCCUAGCCCAGUGACGGCUAGUCCUCCCCAGACUCUGCCUUCAGGUCCUCAGGACCCUACAAUGCCCACGGUCUACCAACCCCACCACUACCCUCAGCCAGUCACCUGCUCUCCCUCUGCCCAUACCAUCUGUAGCUAUGACCCAUAUCCCGUGGAUGUGCCACACUACCAGCCACACCACCCAUAUCCUCUCUACCUGACGCCCAGCUCCCCUCUGACCACCCCAGCCCUUCCCUCCACAGGCACAGCUCUGCCUGGUGCUACUCAACCACCCCAGACCUCAACAACCACCCCCUCACCCUCCUCCAGGACCAUAUCUUCCACUACUACUCUCACUCCUUGGAUGUCCCCCCUCACCCCUACUCUCCCCCCUCAGCCCUUGCUCUCCCCUCAGCCCUCCCUCCACUGUCUAGCAGGACAGAUGAUGGUGUCGCUGCCCUCUGCUCUCCUGGACUCCAUCCAGGUCAAAGAUCAAAUGAAUGGCUGGGUGUCUAUCUCCAGUGCCCCGGCGGCUUGUAGAUACAUCCUGCAGAUGAGUGAGGGUGGUGGAGUGAUCCUCCAUUCCCCUCUCCCUGCGUGCCACAGCCAGGCAAUGGCCCUCAACCCACACCAGCUCUCCCUCCCCCUGAAGUUUUGGGACACAGUCCUGGGGAAAUACAGAACUCUGGAGCUCCAUUGCCCGUCAACUGUGACCCCAUCACCCCACACCACUACCACCACCCUCCCACCGACGACCCACACCAGGCCUCCCACUCCCCCCAAGCCACACGUCUUCUGCUCUGCUCGCCACAUGAGGGUGGAGCUUCCGCCAGGUCCCAUAUCUGGAAUCGUUGUCAAGGACAUCAAAGGGAAUGCGAUGAGCCUGAAGGAUGCCCCAAAGCAUUGUGGGUAUGUGGCAAGCAAGGGAAAGGAUGGCAUGAUCAACCUGAACCUCCCCUUCAACUCAUGUCACAUGACUGUCCAGGGUAAAGAGCACCGCAUGUCUGUGAUUUACUCCACGUUGAACGGACAAAAAGGAAAGGCCCAGUUGUCCUGUCCAGUUUCCAUACCAGUUUCUCAUCAAGAGUGUAACCUUCCCAGUGACCAGCGCCUCCCCUGCGGCCGCCGCCCUCUAUCCCAGGCAGAGUGUCUCUCUCUGGGCUGCUGCUACAGCACCAAGCCCUCUGCCUGCUACUACUCCAUGGAUGAAUGCACAUUGGACCGCCACUUUGUCUUUUCUGUACCCGCCUCCCUCACGGACCCUCCUCUGUCUCCCGCCUUGCUCACUGCCGCUGGCAACCCCACCUGCUCCCCUCAGAGGGUCACUCCAGACUACGCCCUGUUCAAGAUCCCACUGGGCGGCUGUGGGACCCACAGAUACGAAGUAGGCCAAACGGUAAUCUACAUGGUGGAGAUCAUCAACACGGUCCAGUCCGUCACCCUCAACUAUGGGACCAUCACCAGAGACUCUCCUAUCAGGCUGCUGGUUGAGUGCCAGUACACUCCUGGCUCUGUGGUGAGUGUUGGCUUCCUGGUCAAGACCCCCUCCCUGGGCCCCUCCAUUCAGGCCCAGGGCGUGUUGGGGGUCCAGCUCAGGAUUGCCACAGACGUGCAGUACAGUAGCUUCUACCCCCAGUACCACCGGCCCCUGCAGAUGCUGCUGGGUAAACCCUUACACCUCGAGGUGCGUCUGCUCAACCCCCCAGAUGACAAAGUGGUCCUGCUGGUACACUACUGCGUGGCCUACCCCAGAUCUGGACAGACUGUCUGGGUACUCCUCUAUAAUGGAUGUCCUAACCAUCUGGACCCGGCCUCUCAGAAGCCUCACCCAUCUCCUCCACCCCCACCCUUCCACCAAGGCCAGACACGAAGGUUCACCAUCUCCACCUUCCAGUUCCUCACCUCUGGACAGACCCAGGCAUUGGAGGACCAUGAAGAGAUCUACUUCAUGUGUUCUACUGAAGUGUGUUCGCCGCUGGACGGCAGCCUGUGUGUAGAGGGAUGCUUUGGCCAGUGACUAGAAAAGAUGGUCAGAAGGCAAUAGUCAUGGAAGAUUAACUGGCCCAAGGCUGCUUGUUCACCACUAAUAAAACCCCUUAAAAGGA